AUGCUGAAGAGCCCGAUACGGUCGAUGACAUCCCUAGAACCAGUCAACACCCCCGUAUCAAUGCCAAACCAGCCUCUGAUAAUCACGGAUAACAUGUUAUUUCUUGGUGACUCAACAUCAAUCAACGUACCGAUUAGCGAAGUAUGGCGACCAACACCAUCAUCCUCCAUGCCACCACCACCUGAGUUUUCAACGAACAACCAGCAACCGGCGUCCAUUUUCACUCAAACAUCCAUACUGACAACAAUCCAAGCUACUAGAGGACAUAGCGCUUUUGCUUGUGCAUUUGCGUGGGAUUCUUGA